CUUUACUAAUUUUAAUUAUAAAAUACCUUUCUUCAUAWUCUCUCCAUCACAAAUAAUUCCCAGCAACAAAAUGUCAUCWUGAUGAGUCUCCAGGGAAAAGCAAUUUUCACGAGUCGGCGUCUAUUUUGUUUUGCUCAAUUAGGUGAYGCCGCUGCGACGAGGAGAGAUGUCUUCCCAAUCGCCAUUCCUUUAAAUAAUAAGGACAUGAAACCUUUAAAUGCAACGAAGAAUGCAACAGAAAACAAUACUGCAGACAAAAAUUCAGAUAAAACAUUAAAGGACAAAGUAAAGCAUGCAGAGUCCUAUCCAAAUCCUCCCGUGCCUACCCCUGCCGGGUUUUCUCUUCACCAGUUGUUCAACAAAAAUACAAAGAACCAAAAGCCWAAGAACACCCAGAAUGAUAAUAUGAGAGUAAAACCCACGCAAUGGGGAUUUAACGAUAAAUAUUUGGCGUCAGAAAAUAGAUAUGCAGUCAAACGAGAUGCACUUUUUGACGGCGCUGGAGGGGACUCCAUGUCAUUCAGUAAUUUUCAAAUUCUUGGAAACCAGGACGUGAUUGGCAAGCGAUAAGCCAAUGUAUGUUGUAAGAAAAAUUGUGAUGGAAAACAAUAAGGAAUAACACAAAGGGAGACAUUUCUUAAUUGCAGCAAAUAUUAGGUAUUAUAUAGUUAAUAACAUAAAAGUUAAACAGCAGAAAUGGCCGCAAUUUAAAGAUGUAAAUGUAUUGUUUUAAAAUAAUGAACAAAAUGCACCAAAAAAGAAAAGAUGAAAAAACAAGACGAUAAUUGCUCUAAUAAUGCUUAUUUAUCUAGAUUAUAAUGAAAUAAGUAUUUCUACUUCGGAGAACUCUCUCCACCGUGUAUAAAAUAUAGGAGCAAAUUAAUAGUUCAUAUCUAUGUAUGGUAUCUUCUCAAAAGUUAGAAAGAUUCUAAUGACAAACAAGGUCCAUGUUAUAUAUUGAUUAUUUUUAAAAUAAAAUUUGAUUGUUAUUUUUAUAAUGA